UCCGGACCCCGCCACUAUAAUAAACUGAAAUUGCACACAUCGCCUCAAUUUUCCCACCCUUUCCUUUCAAACCUAUCACAAACCCUAACCCUAACAAUCUUUUUUCCCGGAAAAUAGAAAACCAGGCGAGAAGAUGUUGGAGCUGAGGCUUGUGCAAGGUAGUCUGUUGAAGAAGGUUAUGGAAGCCAUCAAGGAUCUGGUGAACGAUGCAAACUUCGAUUGCUCGUCCACUGGUUUCUCUCUCCAGGCCAUGGACUCGAGCCAUGUGGCCCUGGUGGCUCUCCUCCUCAGAUCGGAGGGUUUUGAGCACUACCGGUGCGACCGGAACAUAUCCAUGGGCAUGAAUCUCAACAACAUGUCUAAGAUGCUAAAGUGCGCCGGUAACGACGAUAUCAUCACCAUCAAGGCCGAUGAUGGCAGUGACACCGUCACUUUCAUGUUUGAGAGUCCCACUCAAGACAAGAUUGCUGAUUUUGAGAUGAAAUUGAUGGACAUCGAUAGCGAGCAUCUUGGGAUCCCAGAAGCAGAGUACCAUGCUAUUGUUCGGAUGCCUUCAACAGAAUUUGGUAGAAUCUGUAAAGAUCUUAGCAGUAUUGGUGACACUGUUGUGAUCUCUGUGACAAAGGAAGGUGUGAAGUUCUCUACAAGAGGUGAUAUUGGGACUGCAAAUAUUGUUUGCAGGCAGAAUACCACAGUAGACAAGCCAGAGGAAGCUACAAUUAUAGAGAUGAAUGAACCAGUGUCGCUAACAUUUGCACUGAGGUACAUGAACUCCUUUACAAAGGCAACCCCAUUGUCCAACACAGUCACAAUAAGCUUGUCUUCAGAGUUGCCUGUUGUGGUGGAGUACAAAAUUGCUGAGAUGGGUUAUAUCAGGUUCUAUUUGGCUCCUAAAAUUGAAGAAGAUGACGAAGAGACUAAGCCUUAAGUUUAGGGCUCCAAAUGUCAUAUUAGCUAUUAUGAUCUACUGUCCCUUUUCUACAAGCAAGUCUGUGCUUUCGAUGAGUCAGUAGUUUAGAUGUUUAAAGUCCUUGUGCUGUGUUUUUAUGUUUUUUCAGAGGCAUUUUCAAUUUUAAUGUGUCUAAACAAUGUUUAAUGUUUAGAUGUAUGUUCAUUCCUUCUUUCAGUUCA